AUGAAUAUAGCAUGUUCUAUGACAAUUAGUGAUGAUGAGUUACAAAAUUUAAAAAUAUUAUUAGACAAAUUUAUUCAAGGUUUUGAAAAUUUAUAUGGUGUUCGUCAUAUGGUUCAAAAUAUUCAUUGUCUUAAUCACAUUUAUGAUUGUGUUAAACAAAAUGGAAGAAUGCCACAUUAUACUACAUUUAAUUAUGAAAAUAUAUUAGGAAUAUUAAAUCGUUUAACACAUGGUACAAAUGGACAUGUACAACAAAUAAUAACUCAUUUAAAAUUAUUUAAAAUUUCGUUACGUUUAGUUCGUUCAAAACAUUAUCCUAAACAACUUUAUGAUUUUGUAUUAAAUUUAUUUAAACAUCAGCCGGCAUCAACGUGA